AUGGCCCUCUUCAUGUCCCUCUUCGUGUCCCUCUUUAUGUCCCUCUUCGUGUCCCUCUUCAUGGCCCUCUUCAUGUCCCUCUUCGUGUCCCUCUUCAUGGCCCUCUUCAUGGCCCUCUUCAUGUCCCUCUUCAUGUCCCUCUUCAUGUCCCCCGGUCUCGCACAGAUUGUUUCGGGCUCCAACCACGGGGGGGCCUGUUUUCCUAAGCAAGAUCCCGACCGCGACCGCGGCGGCGGCGGUCACCUGAUCUCCACGGAUGACUUGGAGUAUCCGCGGGAGUACCGGACUCUGGGCAACAGCGCCCGGCGCUUCUCCAACGUGGGCCUGGUGCACACGUCGGAGCACCGGCACACGGUCAGCGCCGCCCAGAGCCUGGAGGCCCUGACCAACCUGCACAAGGUGGACAUGGAGCGCAAGCGGGACGCCUUCAUGGACCACCUGAAGAGCAAGUACCAGCAGCAGCAGCAGCAUCCGCACCACAGCCCGCCCUCGCCCUCGCACGCCAGCAUGAGGAGCGCGUCGGAGCGGGCCGCCCGCGACCAGGUACGCAGAGAACAACAGCCCAACUACUGGAGCUUUAAGAGCCGCAGUCCACGCCACUCCCAGUCCACCCAGUCGGGGCUCGCCGACCAGGCCGCCAAGCUCUCCUUCGCCUCCGCCGAGUCCCUGGAGACCAUGUCGGAAGCCGACGUGCCCAGCGGCUUCAACCGGAUGAACCGGUUCCGCCAGAGCCUGCCGCUCUCCCGCUCCGCCAGCCAGAAUAAGCUACGAUCUCCAGACGAAUACUCAGGCGUGCUGUUCCUGCAGUACGGCGACGAGACGCGCCGCGUGCACAUCACCCACGAGCUCAGCAGCCUGGACACGCUGCACUCGCUCAUCGUGCACAUGUUCCCGCAGAAGUUGACCGCGGGCAUGCUGAAGUCGUCCAACACGGCCAUCCUGAUCAAGGACGAGGCGCGCAACGUCUUCUACGAGCUGGAGGACGUGCGGGACAUCCAGGACCGCAGCAUCAUCAAGAUUUUCCGCAAGGAGCCCAUCUACGCUUCCUACCCCGCCGCCGCGCACCUGGCCAACGGAGACCUGAGGAGGGACAUGGUGUACUCCUCGCGCGACUCCUCCCCGACUCGCCGCCUCAACACCCUCCCCUCCUCCUCCUCCUCCUCCUCCUCGGCGGCGGCGGCGGCGUCCUCCGGCGGCUCUCCGUCGCGCACGCGCCUCUCCUACAGCGGCGGCGGGCGCCCUCCGUCCUUCGCCGGGCCGCACGAGCAGCCCCGGCACCCCCACCACCCGCCGGCCGGCCACGGCGCCAACGCCGGCCUGUCCCCGUCGCCCAGCGCCAUCCUGGAGCGCCGCGACGUCAAGCCCGACGAGGAGGUCUCCGCCAAGAACACGGCGCUGAUGAAGAGCGAGGGGCUGUACGCCGACCCCUACAGCCUGAUGCACGAGGGCCGCCUCAGCAUCGCCUCCACCCAGUCGCUGGCUGCCAUCGGGGACCCCUUCAGCUUCCCCGUCACCAGCGGCCUGUACCGCCGCGGCUCGGUGCGCUCCCUCAGCACCUACUCGGCCGCCGCCCUCCAGGGGGACCUGGAGGACUCCCUCUACAAGCCCGGGGGGUCGCUCUACUCCGACACGUACUCCUCCGCCACGCUCGGGAUGGGUUUCCGCAUGCCGCCGUCGUCGCCGCAGAAGAUCCCCGACAUGCAGCUGAGGGACAAGGACUCGUACUCCAGCUCGCCCAGCAGGGCGUCGCCCGUCAGGCAGAGCUUCCGCAAGGACUCGGCCUCCUCCUCCGUGUUCGUGGAGAGCCCCAAGUCGAGGCCCGGCUCCGGCUCCGAGCCCCUGUGUCUGACGGCCGGGCCCGGGGAGGGCGGCAGGGCCACGCCCGGCUUGGGCUCCUCGCUGUCUGGACAGGACCCCGACAUCAGCAGGGACCACCGUCUGGAGCGUAUGGAGGCCAUGGAGAAGCAGAUCGCCAGCCUCACCGGCCUGGUCCAGAGCGUGCUGACCAGAGCGCCAGACAGCGACAGCACAUGCGGCCUGCUGCGUCUCUGCAUGAUGGCGGGCUGCCCCCCGGACCAGGGGACGGAGUUCUCACAGCCAUUACCUUUCUCUUCCAGCGAGAAGACCGAAACCAACAGCGACGGCCCCGCCACUGGAACUGGACGGCUGAAGCACAAAGCUCCCACGCCGUCGGUGCCGCUCGCUCUGAUGCCGCUCGCUCUGAUGCCGCCGCCGCCUUCCAACACGACGCCGGUGAACAGCACCGGGCGCCUGCAGAUGCAGCUGCACCUGCACGGCCUGCAGCACAACGCCACCGACCUGCGCAAGCAGCUCGGCCAGCUGCGCAAAUUACAGAUAGAGAACCAGGAUUCGGUGCGGACUCUGCUGAAGCGAACCGAAGCGGAGCUGAAGGUGCGCGUGGCCGACGCCCUGAGGAAGCAGGAGGAUCCUCUGCAGCGACAGCGCCUCCUGGUGGAGGAGGAGAGGCUCAAGUACCUCAACGAGGAGGAGCUCAUCAUCCAGCAGCUGCACGACCUGGAGAAGUCCGUGGAGGAGAUCCAGAAGGAGUCGACCGUCAACCACAAGCUGGUGACGGCGCAGGAGCUGGAGGAGAAGAGCACGUUGCUGAGGAAGCUGGGAGAGACGCUCACGGAGCUGAAGAAUCAGUUCCCCGGCCUGCAGAGUAAGAUGCGGGUGGUGCUCCGGGUGGAGGUGGAGGCCGUCAAAUUCCUGAAAGAGGAGCCGCACAGGCUGGACGCCCUUUUGAAGCGCUGCAAGGCCGUCACGGACGCCCUCGCCACCAUACGCAAGCAAGCCAACGAGGUGGUGUGGAAGAAGCAGGAGGACUUCUCCAGCCCGUCAUCGAAGCACAACGACGACUCGCGGAAGUUUUCGGACUUCGACAUCUCCGCCGGCCCGCAGCUCUCCAUCAACGACCUCGGGGGAGGCAACAGCCUGUCCAACUGGAGCCCCCACGGCAGCCUGAGCCGAGGCCACGGCAUCCUGUCCGCCACGCACAAGGACAGUCACCCUCCGGUUCCCCACAAGGGCAAAGCCCUGGAGGAGCUGGAGCGCCGCGCGUUAGCUGACAAAGCGCUAUCCGUGGAGGUCCGACUGGCUGCGGAGCGGGACUGGGAGGAGAAGCGAGCCAGUCUGACCCAGUACAGCGCCCAGGACAUCAACCGGCUGCUGGAGGAGACCCAGGCCGAGCUACUGAAAGCGAUUCCGGACCUGGACUUCGUCGCCAAGCAGCUGAAGCCCUCCUCCAACACGCCGCCCUGCCAGAUCCUGAGCGGGGGCGGCGCCCAGGAGCACCGCGCCAGCAAGCCCCAGCACAAGCUGUCCGGGAAAGAGGGCGGGUCCAGGCGGGGCUCCGACGAGCUGACGGUGCCACGAUAUCGCACAGAGAAGCCCUCCAAGUCUCCUCCUCCUCCGCCACCUCGACGCAGUUUCCCGUCUUCUCCGAGCAUCACCAGUCGCAGCGGAGAGCCCCUCAUCCCUGGAAAAAGUAUAAAGAAGUCUGAAUCUGAGGAGAACGAAGGCCAGAAGCUGCACGUCAAACUGAGGAGGGCCGUGUCCGAAACCCCCCGCCCUGCGUCUACACCCCCCACACUCGCCUCUGGGGACCGGGAGGAUAGAGAGGAGGAGAAAAUCGCUGCACAAUUAGAGCUGUUUGAGAGAGUCCCGCUCAGGCUCCGCCUCCCUCUCCCCCCGCCUGUUAGCCCUCGCAGCAGGAACAGUGGUUCCCCCUGCAGACCGGACCUGCGGCCCUCUGAGGCCCCGGGGCCUGAGGGAAGCCGCUUGUCUCCCGUCCCCAGCGUCGCCUCGACGGAGCGCUCGCCGGCUCCGCCCGCCGCCUCGGAGGAUCCUGUCGGGGACGCCGAAAAUGACCCCGGAGAAGAGAGUCCCCGAGUCUGCCAGCCGGCGCCCUCCGGAGGAAGGGAGUCCUCCGGGAGCCCUCCUCGGCGAGAGAGAGAGCGCCGCCGCUUUGAGGAGGAAGCCGAGCGUAUACAGGAAGUCGCCCUGCUCCUGACGGAGCUGGAGGUCCGGGUGGUGUCCCCCGCCGAGGCCCAGGAGCUCCGCGGGUCUUUAGGGCGAGCGCUGCAGACCCUGAUCGUCUACCCGCACACCAACGAGCUCUCCGAGGUGCAGCUGAGCGGCCGGCCUCUGCUCGUGCUGCUCCGAGACGGGAACACGGUCAGGGACGCCUACAGGCUGCUGCUCUCCUUUGUGGAGUCCUCCAAGCCGGUGCCCAAGCCCCGGGGGAAAUCCUCCCUCCAGUCGUGUGGGCGGAGCUCUGUGGCGGAGGCUCUGAGGAGAGGGGCGGUGACCGGGGACAGAGUGCUGACCCUUCGUCACAACGCCGGCAUCGGGGUCCCCGAGGCGCAGCCGCCGCCCAGUGGGUCGGAGCUCUCCGUGGAGCGGUCGGGCCCGGCCGACCAGACGGGAGCCGGAGACGCCGGAGACGCCCUGCGACGCGGCGCCCGCAGGCGGAUGGACAGCCUGGAGGAGACCAUCCGAGAGCUGGAGAACACCUUGAUAGAGAUCGGCGGGCAUCCGACCGCAGAGCCGCUCCACGCCGAGGCGGCCGCGAGGAGCGGCCCCGCCCGGGGGAGCAGGAGGCCGGCGGUCCCGCCCGAGCCGCCCUCCUGCAGCGCGGCGCCCAUCCAGGGGGGCAACAGUUCGGGCGUCGAUCCGGUCCUCCACUCCUCCGCCGCCUCCAAACUGAAGCACCUGCAGCAGAACAGCACAGACAAGACGAAGAGCGGCAGGAGAGAGGACUUCCUGAAGCUCCAGGGCCAGCACCAGCAGUGAAGCGACCCGUCCGUGUCCAGCAGCCUCUUUAUCCUCCCUCUCCUCCCGUUCACCUGAGAGAGCGACACGCACAUCCAU